AGAGAUUUUCUGUGAGUGAACAUGACGUAAACACAAUAUAUAAAAAUAUGAAAUGUCCACAAAAGCAAAAGAGGCUUACGAUCAAGUUUAAUGAAGAUAUAUACAAGAAAGCACAUAUCUAACAGUGUUAGUGUUUACUCUCUAGCUAGCAAACGGAACAUUACAAUAUUUUGAUCUUAAGGCACAUGAACCAAAUGGUAAGGUACCUAUAAACAAAGAAUUCUAGAACGUUAAUGCUCAUCAGUGACCUAUGCGUUUGAAGAAUAUCUAUGUGGUGUUUGAAUAUCAGGAACCAUGGAAAAAGAAGAUAUAAUACUUGGAGUGGAAAUGGGACGGUUAGAAAUAGAACCACUUAAAUUACAUAAAAACAGAAGUAAUGAAAAUCCAUUUAUAAAUGUCUCAAAUAAAAAAAACAUUUCUUAGACAACUCCACUAACUAAGGAAACAAGAUGCUCAUGUUCCACUCAAAUGAAACAAAAACCAGCAAUCUACAAAAAGAAACAUAGAAAAAUUAUAAAAGAACCGAUAUUGAAUAUAUUAAAAAAAAUUGGUAAUGUCAAAUUAGAAACAGAGGACCGCCAAGAAUCAAUAAGUAAAAACAUGUCAGAUAUUGAGAGAUGUGACUCAUUAAGUUUAUGCACACUUGUUGACAAUUGUAACCAGCUAACAAUAUCCUCCAAUGCCAAUCUUCAGAAUUUUGUAACAUCUUGUGAAAGUAAUCAGACUAGAUGGUGGAAAAAUGAUGCGUCAACUUCGCAGGAGCAAAGAGGAUCAAAACAACAGAGUAGAUCUGGCAGCUGUUCUCAGCAAGCUCUUAAUCCUCCCUGUGAUGUCACCAUUGAUGAAUUAGCAAGUUAUUUUGAAACUCUAGUACAUAUACCAAAAAAAAUGUCAUCUAUGGCUGAAAUGAUGUACAUAUGAUAAAAAUGAUAAGUAUACACAACACUGACCAAGAAUAAAAAAAUCAUAGUAGUACAAAAUGCAAAUAUAUUAUGUUCCAUUUCAUUGGAUGGGGAAAAUGUACUAUUAAUUUGAAAAGAUCCUUUGCGUUGCUUUAUAUAUUAUGUAUUAUCAGUUUUGUCAAGUCCAUGUUAAAUAUAAGAUCAACCUGAUUACAAUGUAGAUAUGCAAUUUUAAAACGGAAGAUGCUGGAUGCAGGUUGCUUCCAACAGGUAUCUGUGGAGAUCAAAGGGGGAGGCCUAUGUUCAGCAGUGGACGUCCUAUGGCUGAGAUGAUGAUGAUGAUGAUGCAAUUUUACAUUCAAGUCACUGUUAUUAAGAAUGUUUAUGAACUAGUUAUUUUUAAUUAAGGUAAAUGCUUUAACUGCUAGUGUUCUUACAAUUUGAAUGUAAUC